AUGGGAAGGCCCCCAUGCUGCGAUGAAACUGGCCUUAAGAAGGGACCUUGGACUCCUGAAGAAGAUCUAAAGCUAGUCAAUUACAUUCAGAAACAUGGUCAUGGAAGUUGGAGAGCUCUACCUAAGUUAGCAGGUCUUAACAGAUGUGGAAAAAGCUGUAGGCUAAGGUGGACCAACUAUUUAAGGCCUGAUAUCAAGAGAGGAAAAUUUUCUCAAGAAGAAGAGCAGACAAUUCUGCAUCUCCAUUCCAUCCUUGGAAACAAAUGGUCAGCAAUUGCAACCCAUCUUCCGGGCAGGACAGAUAAUGAGAUCAAGAAUUUCUGGAACACUCACUUAAAGAAAAAGUUGAUUCAGAUGGGUUUUGAUCCAAUGACACACCAACCAAGAACUGAUCUUUUUUCCACCUUGCCAUAUCUACUAGCUUUGGCCAACAUGACAGACCUUAUGGAUCAUCAAUCCUUUGAUGAACAAGCUAUGAGGUUACAUGCAGAGGCCAUUCAUGUGGCAAAGCUUCAAAGCCUUCAUUAUUUACUCCAAUCCACAAGUUCCGUAGGUACCAAUAACUCCUAUGACCAAAAUGCCAUCACAAACAUGGAAGCUUUUAAUUUGUUAGAUUCAAUCACUAAUGUCAACGACAGUAACCAAGUUUUGGACUCUCCACAACUUGAUAAUUCUGCCUCAAUUUCUCAUGGGUUUGAUCAUAGCUCCCAACCACUCCACCACUCAAGCAUGUUAUCUCACUUUUUAGACCCACCACAAGUCUCUUUCAGUUCCCAAUCUCGUUUGAAUAAUGAGCAGGGUCAAGGGACUAAUAGCUUUACAAUGAUGGGUCAAGGUGAUCACAUAAUUGAUGGCUCUCCUUGCAUUAUAGCAUCUCCUGCUCCAUCUAUUCCAUUGAAUGUGACAAGGACCACAACAAGCAAUCCAGGAGAUGCCAAUAGCUGCACUUCAAGCUAUGGAGGAACCCCAUCUUGUUGGCCUGAAAUAUUUUUUGAGGACCCCAUUUUGCAUGAAUAA